AUGCUUUUCCCCCUGCUUUGCUGGGCCGAAAUCUGCCUGCUGCUGCUGUGCGGAGGCUGCCAGCUGGAGGAGCCGGCGACGGCGACGGGUUUGAAGGAAGCUGUGGAAUCUGAUAGCAUUAUUGCAGCAGCCCUUGGUGGAGAGGCAAAUUUCUAUUGCAACCUCUUGCUUUCGAUGGAUGUUUUGCAAGUCACCUGGCAGAAGAGAGAUGGGUCUUCCUUCCAGAACAUAGCCACCUACAGCCCAAACCAUGGGCUGAGGCUAAUGGGGUCAUUCCAGAAGAAGGUACAUUUUACCAGAGCAACCCUGCAGGCCUCAGCUAUCACACUGCAAAAUCUCACAUUCGAGGAUGAGUCUUAUUACAGAUGCAUUUUCAACGUGUUCCCCCACGGCUCUUUCAGCAAAGAUAUAUGCCUCAACAUCCAAACCGUUUCUGAGCUAACAGUGGAGUAUGAUUCCCACCUGCUCACCGAGGGUCUCCUCACCGCAGUCUGCUCAGCAACAGGAAAGCCUGCCCCCAAAAUCACCUGGCUGGAUGACAAAGACCUGAAUGAGUCCCCUGAAAUACACCACUUCCAAAACGCAAACGGAACAGUAAAGGUAGCAAACAGACUUACCUUCUCUGCCAACCACUUCCAUGCCUUGACCUGCCUCCUUGACCACCCGCAGGGAAGGAAAAUGAAGGUGCUUUACCUGGAAAAAGGAAGAGAAGGCACUCAGAAGAGCGUAAUCAUCAUGGCAGUCUUAAUAGCUGUGGUGUUCUUAACAAUCUUGAUAUACUGCACCAUGAAACUAAUCAACAGGAAAAAGAAAAAGCUGAUGAGAUGUAGUGCAUCCAGAACACCUGUAAAGGGGAAAGACUUACACCAAGACCUAAGUGAGAAAGCCAUGAGCCUGCACACGCCAAAGGACCAGCACACUGUUUAUGAAGACCAGGAGGAGACACCAGGCUUCUCAUUUCACAGAAGGCUACAACAUCUGAAGAGAAACCUGAGAGAGAAAAACAAUUGCAGGUCCUUGUUUGCAAAGGAAGCAGAGAACCUGAACAGCAACGUCCACGGCAUGUUUGAGAGGGAAAGUGUUGAGUAUGUCAAGGAGCUCGGCUGCACACCCUUCAAGGAGGACAGAGAAGCCAUGGCAGCACCCGGAGAGAGCGCGGGCGACCAUGUAAGCUCCAGCCAGGAUCGCGCCAGACAAGCCGAAGAUGCUGACUGUGAUCACUGGGGGAGAAGGUGUUGA